AUGUCUCCAAUAGCCAUUGACGAGACGAAUGGCCACGCCAACGGCACCGUUAGCAAAUCUGCACCAACAACAAGCCCGGCACAAACAUCCAAAUACCACGCUUCCACUUCCGACGAAGCAAUCCACGCCGAACACACCUACGCCGCGCAUAACUACCAUCCCCUUCCCAUCGUCUUCGCCAAAGCUCUAGGCACCAAAGUCUGGGACCCCGAAGGCCGCGAAUACCUCGACUUCCUCUCCGCCUACUCCGCCGUCAAUCAAGCCACUGCCACCCCGAACUUCUCGCGCGCCUUCUACAACGAUGUCUUCCCGCGCUUCGCCCAGUUCGUCACGGAAUACUUCAACUUCGAUGUUGUUCUACCAAUGAACACCGGCGCCGAAGCAGUUGAAACCGCCAUCAAGAUCGCGCGCAAAUGGGGGUACAAGUCCAAAGCCAUCCCCGCAAACAAGGCCCUCGUGCUCAGCGUCGCCGAGAACUUCCAUGGACGGACCUUCUCUGCCAUCUCGAUGUCCACUGACCCAGAGUCAAGGGACAACUACGGCCCAUUCCUGCCUGCUAUCGGCUCCGUCUGCCCAGCAACAGGCAAGCCGAUCCCCUUCAACGACGUCCCUGCCGUCCGCGCCGCGUUCGAGACCCAUGGCAAGGAGAUCGCCGCGUUCAUCGUCGAGCCUAUUCAGGGCGAAGCCGGGAUUGUGGUUCCUGACGACAACUACCUCCGCGACAUCCGCGCGCUAUGCGACGAGCACAAUAUCCUGCUCAUCUGCGACGAGAUCCAGACCGGCAUUGCGCGCACCGGCAAGUUGCUCUGUCACGAGUGGGCGGGCAUCAAGCCGGAUAUGGUGCUUCUGGGCAAGGCUAUUUCCGGCGGGAUGUACCCUCCGGGAACGCAUGGGUCGACGUACGGUGGCAACCCGCUGGGCUGCGCAGUUGCUAUGAGAGCGCUGGAGAUCGUGCAGGAGGAAGGGCUGACGGACCGUGCCCAGCGGUUAGGCGAGGUGUUCCGGAAAGGACUGGAAGAUCUCAAGUCGCCCAUGAUAACGACUAUCCGUGGAAAAGGCCUCCUGAACGCAAUCGUGAUCGAUGAGGCGAGGACGGGUGGGCAUAGUGCGUGGGAUUUGUGCAUGCUCAUGAAGGAGAAGGGGCUGCUCGCAAAACCAACCCACGAGAACAUCAUCCGCCUUGCCCCACCAUUGGUCAUCACAGAAGAAGAGAUCAAGAAGGCCUUGAGCAUCAUCGACGAGGCGGUCAGAGAGCUACCGACCUUGAAGGGGAAGAAGGAGGACGAGGUCAUUCCAGAUGGGGAGAAGGACGUUAAGAUCGGAAUUGAAAACUGA